UAUACCUGUGGGGUUAACAUAAUGCACAUACCUCAACACUGAACCCCUUCAUUUCAUUUCCAUAUAGUGCGAUCACUCACAAUGUUUGUGAGGGAAGAUUAAAAAUGCCCACGCAGCACUCAAUGAAACCUUCCCAGCUAGUCCCCCAGCACUUAUUAAUAUGGCAGCAGCUGUUGUGUCAUCCAUGAGCACCAGGGAUCAGUAUUCUACCAUCACUCACAACGUCCAUGGGGAGAAGAUUAAAAAUGCUGAAGCAGAACCCAAUAAUGUCUUCUCAACUAUUCCCCCAGCACUUAUUAAUAUGGGAGCAGCUGGUGUUUCAUCCAUGAGUACCAGGGAUCCGUAUGCUGCAGUCACGCACAGCGUCCGUGAAGAGAAGAGAAGUAACAGCCAACCAGUACCUGAUAACGUCUUGUCAACUGCUCCACUAGGGCUUGGUAAUACGGCAGCAGCUGGAAUUUCAUCCAGGAGGACCAGAGGUCUGUGUAUAUCUGCUUCUUAGUUGUACUGUCCUACUUGAUUUCCCUAAGGAGGCAUAGUUUGAUGAAUGCUACAAGUUACUUUUGUUGUAUAUAUUUUCGUAGCAUUAAUUUCAGGGGUAUCAGAUAGC